UUCGCAAAUUCUAAAGUUCUAAACCCUAAACUAAAAGCUGAGAGAAAAAAAUUGAUUUCGCCGGCCUCGUAUAUGCGCCUUCUAUCUUCUCUGCUAUUAUCCUCAUCGGCUUUUGUUGGUCACCAUUUCAGGAUCAUCCUCACCCUCCCCCUUCACUUCCACAAUUUCCCGCGUUCAGUAUCCAUGGAUUCCUCCGAAGGAUCGCUGCGAAAUGCCCUAUCUCAGAAGCAGUCAGCUGUGGAAGCUCAAGGCAACGCGGUCCGCGCCCUCAAGGCUUCCGGUGCUGCCAAGCCGGAGAUUGACGCGGCUAUUGAAGCUUUGAAUGCCUUGAAGCUCGACAAGGCUUCGAUUGAGAAGCAGCUGCAGGCGGUUGUUUCUGGUGCUGGCGGCGAUGGCGGCCUCAACAGGGAGUCUUUCCGUCAAGCUGUGGUUAACACUCUUGAGAGGCGCCUGUUUUACAUUCCGUCGUUUAAGAUUUACCGUGGGGUUGCUGGAUUGUACGAUUAUGGUCCUCCGGGUUGCGCCGUCAAGUCGAAUGUCCUUGCAUUUUGGCGUCAGCAUUUUGUUCUUGAGGAGAAUAUGUUGGAAGUUGACUGCCCUUGUGUGACGCCAGAAGUUGUCCUGAAAGCAUCUGGUCACGUGGAUAAGUUCACCGACCUUAUGGUCAAGGAUGAGAAAACUGGGACCUGCUACCGUGCAGACCACUUGCUCAAGGAUUAUUGUAAUGAAAAACUUCAGAAAGAUCUUAGCAUAUCCGCUGAAAAGGCUGCAGAAUUAAAGCAUGUUCUCGCCGUUUUGGAUGAUCUUUCUUCUGAACAGCUGGGUGCAAAAAUUAAGGAAUAUGGUAUUACAGCUCCGGAUACCAAGAAUCCACUAUCUGAUCCUUAUCCAUUUAACUUAAUGUUUCAAACAUCCAUAGGCCCAUCGGGCUUGCUCCCUGGGUACAUGCGCCCUGAAACAGCACAAGGCAUAUUUGUCAACUUCAAAGAUUUGUAUUAUUACAAUGGAAAUAAACUGCCCUUUGCUGCAGCACAAAUUGGUCAAGCUUUCAGAAAUGAGAUAUCUCCUCGUCAAGGGCUUCUUAGAGUUCGUGAAUUCACACUAGCAGAGAUCGAGCACUUUGUUGAUCCCGAAGACAAAUCUCAUCCGAAAUUUGCUGAUGUUUCGAAUUUGGAGUUUUUGAUGUUUCCAAGGGAGGAGCAAAUGUCUGGCAAAUCUGCAAGAAAAAUUCAAUUGGGUGAAGCUGUUGCAAAGGGAACUGUAAAUAAUGAAACUCUAGGCUACUUCAUUGGGAGAGUAUAUCUUUUCCUAACUCGCCUUGGCAUAGACAAAGAUCGUUUGCGUUUCCGUCAGCACCUUGCAAAUGAAAUGGCUCAUUAUGCAGCCGACUGUUGGGAUGCUGAGAUUGAAUGUUCUUAUGGUUGGAUUGAAUGUGUUGGUAUUGCUGAUAGAUCUGCAUAUGAUUUACACGCUCACUCGGAAAAAAGCGGUGUUCCUCUUGUAGCACAUGAGAAAUUUGCAGAACCGAGAGAAGUUGAGAAAUUGGUCAUCGCUCCUGUUAAGAAAGAACUUGGCCUUGCAUUCAAGGGAAGCCAAAAGAAUGUGGUUGAAGCUUUGGAGGCAAUGAAGGAGAAGGAGGCUUUAGAAAUGAAGGCAACUCUAGAAUCCAAUGGAGAGGUGGAGUUCUAUGUCUGCACACUGGGGAAAAAUGUCUUGAUAAAGAAGAGCAUGGUUGCAAUUUCCAAGGAGAAAAAGAAGGAACAUCAGCGGGUUUUCACACCAUCUGUGAUUGAGCCUUCUUUUGGUAUUGGACGAAUUAUCUAUUGCCUCUUUGAACACUCUUACUACUUGAGACCAAGCAAAGCUGGGGAUGAGCAGUUAAAUGUAUUUAGAUUUCCACCCCUUGUGGCACCUAUCAAGUGCACGGUUUUCCCUCUUGUUCAGAAUCAACAGUACGAGCAGGUUGCCAAAGUCAUUUCGAAGUCGUUAACUGUAGCUGGUAUUUCUCACAAAAUUGACAUUACAGGUACCUCAAUAGGAAAACGAUAUGCACGAACAGAUGAACUCGGUGUACCUUUUGCAAUCACCGUCGAUUCAGCAUCUUCUGUGACGAUUCGAGAGAGGGAUAGCAAAUUUCAAAUUCGUGUCAACGUGGAAGAGGCAGCCUCGGUUGUGAAAGACGUUACCGAUGGCCUUAGGACAUGGGACGAUGUAUGGGCCUCAUUUCCCCACCAUGUCUCUGCAUCUGCGGAAGAUUGAAUCAACUACAUUUAGCAGGUUCUCCAGUUGAGUUUUUUUGCCAUACAUAUCCAUUUGGAAGAAACAGCAUUGGGUGCAUUUUUGUAGUUGAUUGAAAAAUCCUUCUUUUAAUCUACAAAAGCAUUUACUAUGGAUUAUACCUGAAGAUUCUCAAUCUUGAUGAAGGAGCAAUUUUUACUGUGUUUAAUCUAAUGUAACACAGGCAGCUAUUGCCGCUACUUGACAAACCUACAGCUUUAGCUGCUGGAUCAUUGUGCAAGUUACUUGAAUUGAACAUGUAAAUCUUCCAAAGUGUGCCUUUUGGGGUUGAAAUUUGGUAGGUUACUGUUUGAUUUGAUAUUUUUUUAGUUUAACAACUGGGGAGUUGAGAAUUGAGCUAUUAA